GGCUCGGUCCACGCCACGCGCCACCGCCCACGAGCCGAAUUUAACGCGCCACUCGCCCACUCCCCCGCGCGCCCUGCUGAUAGGCUGGAUACCGAACCGGAAACGAAGAGGAGGAAGCCAGGCGGCGGUGGCCGGCGGGCAGCCAGAACCACCACCGCGGCUAUACUGUACCCUAACCCCGCGUCGAGUCGCGUCGCCCGCUCGCCUUUCACGUGCUGCCUUUUGAUCCCCGGCCAAGGCACGAAAUCUAGGAGGCCCGUCUACCUGCCCCAAGUCAAGUGUCAAACCCCUCUCUCCAGCGGCCGUGCAGCUAUAAAACACCAGGAGCAGGCAAACAUCCUCCCUAGCUCAUGCCUCCUGCCUGCCACCGCAUCCCGUCUAGACGCAGCUCCCGUCUCGUUUCCGGGAAGCAACCAACUUCCUCGUCCGAGGGAAGAGGCGGCCGACGACGACCUCGAUCGGGGUCAGCUGUCAGAGGUUGAUGUGAGCUGGUUCGCUUCGUGCGCCUUCUUUCCUCGAUCAUCAUCAAGCCGGUGAGGUGAAGGACAUGGCCGCCGCCGAGCAGCAGCAGCCCGGCACCAAGGCUGGCGGCGGCAGCAGGUUCGCGGUGACGUGCGGCCUGCUGAGGCAGUACAUGAAGGAGCAGGGCGGGAACGGCGCCUUGCGCCUCGCGCCGGCCGUGGCCAUGGGCCUCGUGCCGGGAGCCGACGCGGCGGAGGAGGGGACGGAGGAGAGGAAGGCCGUGCUGGAGCUCUUCCCGCAGCAGGCUGGCACGCUGAAAGACGAGCGGCAGAGGAAGAGGAAGGAGCCUGCUGAUGAGAGGGCGCCGCUCACCAUCUUCUACGGCGGCAAGAUGGUGGUGUUCGACGACUUCCCCGCCGAGAAGGCCGAGGAGCUCAUGCAGCUCGCCGGCUCCGGCAACGCGGCGGCGGCGGCUCUGGCACAGCCCAGCCUCACAGACAUGCCCAUCGCCAGGAAGGCGUCGCUCAAGAGGUUCCUGGAGAAGAGGAAGAACAGGCUCACCGCGGGAGAUCCGUACCCGGCAGCGGCAAGAGAGUCCAUCAAGCCUGCACUGAAAGACGAAGCAGGGGCUCCGUGGCUCAGCAGCGUCAACUCCGCGCUCAGCUUGAGCUGAGAAGAACCUGAUGGAGAGCACGCACGCGCCUAGAGACCACGGGGGGAAACUACCACUACUACUACUACUACAUAUUACUGCCUACUAUUUUUCCGUAAAAACAUCUUUGGAUCAUGAAACUUGGUUUACCCAACUUGGUUUACCCCUUGACUUUUACACCGGUUACUGCUGGUUGCUUCAGGGGAAUUAGCUAGCUAGCUAAUUGUGAUUGGUUAAUUAGCUUGCCUUUUUAUGACUGUUUGAGAAUUCUUUGGAGAAAAAAGAAUUCUUUAUUUCCAUGCUGAUAUUCAUCUUCAGGGAGUACGUAUAUAGUUUGUAAAUUCGAAUAACAGGAUAAUUAUGUUGUAUAUUUAUUGCAUUGUUUCAGUUCUCAGUGCCA